AUGCAGCACGAUUUAGAAAAAGCUUUGGAUCGUGCGGACUAUCUCAUUGAAAGUGUCCAAGAGAGACCUCCUAAAAGGAAACACUCAUCUUCUGAAAGGAAGUCCAUAUUUCAGAAGCUUUAUGACAUAUAUGCUGAAGAAUGUGAAAAAGAGACCGAGGGUUUGGAGGGACUAAGAACAAAUGUGAACCUGCUAGAGAAGCUUGUUGCUCGAGAGAAGUUGGCCUGUUUGGUGGUCACUCUCUACCCUGGCAAUGAGGGCUAUUCGCUGAUGUUGAGGGGGGAAAAUGGAUCCGAAUCUAAGACUAUUCAACUGCCUUAUGAACAAAAGGAAUUCCUUGACUACUUGGAUGCCCAAGAAUUACCUCCUAUUUUGAUUGAUCUCCUAGAAAAAUCUAAGAUGGCUAUUUUUUAUUCUGGAUGUGUCAUUGCAGAAAUUCGUGACUAUAGGCAGUGCAGUAACAUGCACUAUUCUAACUGUCAAAGUAGACAUAUUCUCUUACGACCAACAAUGCAGACUUUAGUCCAUGAUGUGCAUUCCUUAACAAACGAUGGCCAUGAAUGGACCCAGGAGGACAAACUUGAGCUGGAGAGCCAGCUGCUCUUGGCCACAGCUGAGCCCCUGUGUCUUGAACCAUCUGUAGCCGUAGCCUGCACUGAAAAUAGACUGCUUUAUAACCAGCAGAAGAUGAACACUCACUCAAUGAAGCAGUGUUUCCGGAGGUACUCUAUAACCUCUCAGACCCAGCAGACCAAGUUGCUUGACUCUCCACCACCAUCUCAGUUCAGGUCAUUCCCUUCUUGCUCCAAAAUUAAAAAUAGAAAAGUCAGCCAGCCAUUUGACCUCAAAAUUUCCAAAGUUGGCAGUUGUGUGGAUGCAUGGAAACAACAUUCUCCUGACCUGGCAGUGCCUUCGCAAGUGGACUUGGACAAAUAUGCCAAAGAACCAAAGUUUCCCAAGCCUACUGACUCAAAAUCACCUGACAGGGCACACUGUGGGGCAGAUGCCAGUGACUCCAUUGACAGUGAUGCUGGUACUCAGGGUCAAAAAGUGAAACUGCAUGUCAUGCAGUCCCUUGAUGACCCUCUUGUCUCUGGGAUGAUACCACCCUAUGAAGCUGAGGAAAAUGUUAAUACGAUCUCCCCAUUUCAAUUCUCUGUAGAUCAUUAUUUACACUGGUUCAUGAAUGGACCACAGACUGCUGCGGAGAAAGUGGUCAACCAGUAUCAGGACGAGGGUCAGAAGGAAGCCAAACGUCCAGCCAAGAUGUCACUGAGCUUGAAUGACACAGCCAAUGUGAGUCAACCUUCAAAGAAAGACCUAGAAUCACCUCCAAGAGUGUCAUCCCAGUCUUCAGCAGUGAGGAAGGAGGUGACACUGCCACCUUCACCCAUCAGGCUUUUCUCAAGCCCAGGCACUACUUCCUCAGUGAAGUCUUCUCCUGCACAGCAGGCAAGGGCCACUCUGCAAUCUCCAAGACCUUCUGCCUCUGAGCCACCAGUUCCUUCUCAGAAAUCAUCUGUGGACCUCAUUGGUGUUCCCGUGCUUUCUCCAACAGUCAUGUCAGCUGCCAGAUCAUUGCAGAAAUCCAAGACCACGCCAGCCAUGGAAAGCUGUAUUAGACUGAAGUUCAGCAAAGUUGUAGGCUCCAGGCUUGGAGCCUGGGUUUUCAAGAGUGGUGAGCAACAUGUGCUAAGCAAUAGCCCUGCUGCUGGUACCACUGCAAAAACCAGCCCAGUGAGUAGCAGUGGGCCUUCAGGAGUUAUACUGCUGCUGCCCGCGCCCAGGGCAGCGCCCUCGGCAGCGCCUGCUCCUGGGGCAGCGCCCACGCCCAGGGCAGUGCCCGUGGCAGCGCCCGCGGCAGCGCCAGUGCCCGUGCCCCAGGCCAUGCCGGGGGCAGCGCCCGUGCAGGGGGCAGCGCCCGUAGUUUCUCAAGCAGGUGUUCCAAUUAUUUUUAAAAAGGCUUCCAGUACGGAUCCUGCCUCUGUGUUACGGCUUCCAGCCGGUCAGCUCUUCCUCGUCUCUGAGCAGCAGUCCUCUCGGGUCACUCCACAAUCUUCUCAAUGUCCCACAACUCUUCCUCAACAGACAGGAGGACAGGACUCUGCACAGGGAUCAAGGGUGGUAGCACAGGCCUUACCUGUAAAGCCAGCCAUUGUCAUUAAACUCUCAGAAGCACAGCAUGAUGGUGUAUCAUCCCAGAGUGCUGAACAAAGCCUUCCUCAGCAGACAAUCCACAACACUACUUCCAUGCCACAGCAACAAAUAAGGGUGAAAAUUCUGCCACGCUCAGUGUCCGUGUGUGAUGCAGCCACCCAGACAACUCCACCCCAACAUCAGCUACCUAUAAUCAUCAGCUGCUCGAAAGAUAAAAUGAAAACAGAUACAGCAAGCACUCCAAAUUGA